AAAACCAUACUCUACCUGUAAUUGAAAAUUUAAUCAGAACUAAAAUUAUAAAUACUUAUUAAUUUAAAUUCUAUCUAAUUUAUUACAAAUCUCUCUCCAAAGUUUCAUCAAAACCAAAAAUCCCCAAUACACACACUUCCCCUAAUCUACUCCCAAUUCUCACUCAUCGCUACCAACUCUCUCUCUCUCUGUGAACCAUAGUGCACUUGAACAUUUCCAGGGAAAAUGCAGAAUAAUCCAUCAGAAUCCGAUUCUGGGUUGUCCAUUUCUUGCCCAAUUUCUUGAGGUUUCAUCAAAAUUUCUUGGUUUUGCAGGUUGUAGCCAUGAAAGCUUGACAACCCAAAUUGUAUUUGCAGGUUGUAGCCACGAGGCCUGCCUCGCCUACUAAGCUUUGGACACCUAUGGCUUCGUCUCCAUCACGAGGGAUUUCUAGUCCUUCAAGGGUGAGACCCAUGAGUAGUUAUCCUGGUAGUACACCUUCAAUUCUUAGUUUCUCAGUUGAUUUAAGGAGAGGGAAGAUGGGGGAGGAUCGAAUUGUUGAUGCACAUAUGUUGAGGCUUCUGUACAACCGUUACUUGCAAUGGCGGUUUGUAAAUGCAAGGGCAGAUGCUUCCUUCAUGUUGCAUAGACUAAAUGCAGAGAAAAUUUUGUGGAAUGUAUGGGUGACCAUCUCAGAACUACAGCACUCUGUCAUUCUUAAAAGGAUCAAGUUACUGUUGCUGAGACAAAAGUUAAAGCUAACUUCUAUCCUCAAGGGACAAGAGGUUCAGUCUCUUCAUAUAAUGAUUGACGGAGAUGGUUGUCAUGUGGGUUUAAAAAGUAAGACUGAGGGAGGGAAGUAGAAUAGGGGCAGGGGAGAUGAUUUACUCAACUGAGCCUCUAGUCCUUAGAGAGAAGGACAAUAAGUAAACAAAAUCUUAGAGGAGAAUUUCUUUAAUUAGAGAGAAUUUCUUGUAUAUUUUAUAAAAUAUAUUUUUUUUAAUUUUUAUGUUAAAAAAUUUAUUAGUUAUCUUAUAAGAGAAUUUCUUUAAUUUGAGAGAUUUUGUAGUGUCUGGUCUGUCUUCUUUUUUGAGAGUCUAGAUAUAGCAUGCUGGCUAUUUUAUGCUUUGUCGUUGUUGUCAACAUUGCUAGUUUUUUGCUCACCUUUCAGACUAUUGUUAUUCGGUAUUGAUCAGCUAUAAUUUGGUGAGAGUUGCGUUUGAUUGGUGAUAGUAACGUUGGCGUCUCACGGUGCUUAUUUUUUGUGAUAGUUCCAAUCGAUCCACCAUAGAUGUAGUUAUAGAUCAGAAUCGGUGAUUCGAUUCAUUGUUCAAAUCAAAUCAAAAUAGAUCCGAUUUAAAACGGUUCAAAAUGGUUUAAGUUUUUUAAUAGUUUCAAUCCAGUUUUAAAGCGUUUACAAUUUUGAUUUUUCAGAAUUAUAAUUUUUCAUGAUUCCGGUUUUUCACAAUUUCGAUUCCAAUUAUAA